AUGGGACGAGAGAAAGACGUGUCGACGAGGCUUAUCCGUCCUACAAUCCCUGAAUUUGAUACCUCUCGACUACUGAUGUUUGUUGAGCGAUGGGAUCCCAAUUGGGAACAUGACGCGUCGAUAAAGGUUAGUAGUAUGGUAAUAUAUAUUUCAUUGCUGUCAUUGCGGAGCAUGUUGUCAUUGUGUUAUGUCCAGAUUUUUGACGAGGGCAUUGCACAGUACAUGUUGGCUGAUAUUGAAUCACAUUACAAGUAUAUGGCAGCGUUGAUCUUAUCAAAGCCAAGCCUGCGAUGUCGAUUGGUGGAGCAGGAACCGGAUGAUAUUUUGGAUGCUGAAGGGAACAUCAUAACUCUGGUAAAAGUUUCCUAA